GCCACUGAUUUUACCCUGAGGCAUCAGUCUUCUGCCGAUCCUCUUGUGAACAAACAUGGCUGGCAAGUUCGUCGUAUUUUUGGGGUUGGCGGUGUUCGGGCAAUGCGCGCUGGUACCAGCAGCUAUACCAGCUGUAGCAGCUGUUCCUGCGGCAAGACUGGAAGAAUUUGAUGCAACACCACAGUAUAGCUUUGCCUAUGACGUCCAAGACACUUUGACGGGUGAUUCAAAGGCUCAAUACGAAACGAGAAACGGUGAUAUCGUUCAGGGAAGCUACAGUUUGAUCGAAGCUGACGGAACUCGGCGUAUCGUCGAAUACACGGCUGAUCCUGUAAACGGAUUCAAUGCCGUCGUUAGCAGGGAACCUGUAACUGCUUUGGCUGCUAUCGCAGCACCUUUCGUACCCUAUAGACCCGCUGUAUCACCUGCUGUGGCAGCUGCACCUUUACCUACACCGACUAUUCCUGCGACUGGUCCGGAUUCGGACGUUGAAGUUGUCGAAGCUAGAACAGGACCUCUGAAGAAUGCUCCGGCUCCUCGAGAUUUCGAAAUUCAGAAACAGCAAAGGCAACAGCAACUUGAACAGAUACGCCAGCAACAACAACGUCAGCAGGAACAGCAGCAACAACAGUUGGAGCAGCUCAGACAGAUACAGGAACAGCAAGAACAAACGCGCCGUCAAAUUCAACAGCAAGUCAGGCAACAGCAACAACAAGUACAAGACCAACAAGAUGAUCAGCAGGAGGAACAACAACAGAAGGAACAGCAAGAACAGCAGGAACAGAGAUCUACACCAGUUAGAGCUCUCGCCAGUCCGGUUCAGUUCCGAUUAGGGCAGACAGAGAAUAUUCAACGAGGAUUAGUCCAAUUACCGGCGGCAAGAGCUGUUGCUUCUUAUCCUACCUACUCUGCUUAUACGGCAGCAUACUCUUCGCCGUUUGCCUAUGCAGCACCCCUUGCCAGUUUAACCUAUGCACCUGCACUCCUCUAAAACAUAUACCGCCUAAUCUCAAUUUUUACACGAC